GGUCGAGCCAGCCACAGCUAGCAUCUACCCGGCAUUUCGUUCGACGUGCGUUGUGCCGGCGUUCUUUGUGCGUGUGCACUACGUUGUCAAGUUGCUUGUCGAAUAACUCGCCUGUGCGAUGGCAUCGUUGCCGCUCAAUCCGAAGCCGUUCCUGAACAGCCUGACCGGCAAGCCCGUCAUGGUGAAGCUCAAGUGGGGCAUGGAGUACAAGGGCUACCUGGUCUCCGUGGACGGCUACAUGAACCUGCAGCUGGCCAACACCGAGGAGUACAUCGACGGCAACUGCACCGGCAACCUGGGCGAGGUGCUGAUCAGGUGCAACAACGUCCUCUACGUCAGGGGCGUCGAGGAAGAAGAGGAAGACGGGGAGAUGAAGGACUGAGUGUUGGCCACAUAACCACCGAAGACGGCCUCCAUCAUGUACAGCCCGCGUUCAUUCUGUUCACUCAUUAUGUUCCCAUAAAUGUUUUCAUUAUAUUCCUUA